AUGCGUUGGCAGGUAGCAACGGAUGACUUCAGAUUCAACGUGGAGUAUCAUCGAGUGCCAAAAAGCGUCCUAAGUGGAGAGCGAGUCCCAACAAAGAGGGAGUUUUUGAGCCUGCUGAUGUCAACGUUCGACCCAUUGGGGUUCCUGUGCUGCCUGAUGAUUACAGCGAAGCUGUUGCUGCGGGAAAUCUGGAGGCAGAAGAUCCAGUGGGACGAACCGCUGCCGGAGGAGGUAGGCAGAGCCUUUGCUGCCUGGCGCACAGAGUUGGACGCCGUGGGACAGUUCCGAUGUGCUCGCCACUAUUUUGGGCGUGGAGCAGCUUGGACCAUCGAGCUACACGUUUUCGUGGACGCAAGUCAAUCUGCAUUCGCGGCGGUGGCCUAUUGGAGGGUCACGUACAAGAAUGGCAACGUGCUGGUUAGCUUCGUGUGCGCGAAGACGAAGUGUGCGCCGAUGAGAACGAUGUCCAUCCCACGGCUGGAGCUGCAGGCAGCGGUCCUUGGAACCAGAGUGAUAAACACUGUCAAGGAAGAACACAGUGUGGACAUCAGCGAGACGGUUUUAUGGACGGAUUCAAAAACGGUGUUGAAACGGUGUUGUUUGUUGGCAACCGAGUGGCGGAGAUUUUGGAGUCGUCGAAGGUGGAGAUGGGUACCUACAGCUGACAACGCAGCGGAUGAUGCGACGCGGUCGCAGAGCAAGGCGGACCUUAGCCCGGAAUACCGGUGGCUAAGCGGUCCCGCAUUUUUGAGGCAGCCAGCAAGCGGCUGGCCAACGCCUGAAGAGGGAACCGAGCAUGUUCCAGAUGCACCUGAUGAAGAGGAGAUGCUCGGUGAGUUCGCAUUGGUAGCAUCAAAUGAAUUUGUCAUCCUGUUCCAGAGAUUCUCGAGCUUCAGUCGCCUGGUGAGGACCACCGCCUGGGUCCUGAGGUUUGCGCGACGGUGCCGCAAACAGAGAAGCGAGCUCGAGGAAUAUGGACUCACUGCAGCGGAGUGUGAGGCCGCGGAGAACCUGUUAAUCAGGCAGGCCCAAUUGGAGUCUUUUCCCGACAAGAUGAGGUCGGCGGAACGAGAAAUGGACGUCGCCAACUCGAGCGAGAUUCGAAGUCUGGCGCCUUACGUGGACAAAUAUGGAGUUCUGCGAGUUUAUGGCAGAGUCGAUGCCGCGCUGACCAUGCCGUACAGUGCGAGGAGGCCUGUGAUACUGUCACACAGGCACAGUCUUACGGAGAUGGUAGUAAGACACUACCACGCCCAGAUGAAGCAUCAAAACGUGGAUGCGACGAUUGCCCAGAUCCGGACGAGAUUCUGGGUCACGAAGAUAAGACGAGUGCUGAAGGAGGUAAUCUCGUCGUGCAACGAAUGCAAGCUACAACGGACGCGGCCGAUGACGCCGAUAAUGAGACCCCUUCAAGAGGAUCGCUUGGAAGGAUGGCCAUUCAAGUACACAGGAGUAGACUACUUUGGGCCACUGCUGGUGACUGGUGCUCGUCACAGAGAGAAGCGUUGGGUCGCCUUGUUCACAUGCUUGACGACAAGGGCGAUUCAUCUUGAGCUGGCGCAUGACCUGUCAACGGAUUCCUGUAUAAUAGCGAUCAGGAACUUCAUCUGCUGUAGAGGACCAGUACGUACACUGCGGAGUGACAACGGCAAGAACUUCGUGGGAGCUGACAGGGAGGCCAGGCGAUUUGGAGACGUGUUCGAGACGGAAAGGAUACAGAGUGAGUUAUCCAGCAGGAGCAUUGAAUGGGUCUUUAAAUGCCCAUCCAACCCGUCUGAGGGCGGAGUAUGGGAGCGGAUGGUGCAGUGCGUCAAGCCAUACCAAGCCAUGCUGCGCCAUACCCUGAAGGAAGUCACGCCGAGGGACCAUGUUUUGGAGAGUCUCCUAAUAGAGGCGGAAAACAUAGUCAGCUAA